GCAAGAGCAUGUGGCUGAAAGCAGCGAGGUGCGCAAGGUCUUUAGCGGCCUCGGGAUCUCCACGUCGUCGGCCAACAACCAAUGGCUACGGCCUGCAGCAUUUAAGACGGACAGCGGCGCCAAGCAACCAAGUGGAUGCCUGUCUCGGCCUCUCCGAUAACCAAUCGACGACCCUUGUGCUUCUUCCCCUCCCACACACACAUUCCAGUGCUCCUCGUCACCUUCAGAAAGAGAAAAGAGAUCGGAAGACGAAACUAAGCAGCGUUCGAUCGGUACAUGUAGCAAGGCUGAUGUCUGGCUCUGUUGUUUGGGUUGUGUCACCCAAGGAGACCAGCAGGAGCUCUGGGUUCAGCCAGUUCGCGGGGGUGAAGAGGAGAUGGUGGAGGAGCAGCAGUGCGGGGUGGAGCUGCGCCCGGUCGGCGUCGACCGCCCGCCGCUCGGUCUCGGCCAGCUUGGUCGUCACACCACCGAGAUCCUCCGAGGCGUUGGUCUACGACGUGGUCCUCCGGCAGGCGGCGCUGGUCGGCGAGGCGAGGAGGAAGAGGGCGGUGGACGCGGUGGAAGCCCCGCCGGCGCCGCUGCGAGGGGACCUACUCGACGCGGCAUACGAGCGGUGCGGCGAGGUGUGCGCCGAGUAUGCCAAGACUUUCUACUUGGGAACAAUGCUUAUGACUCCUGAGAGGAGGAGAGCCAUUUGGGCAAUCUAUGUGUGGUGCAGAAGAACCGAUGAACUCGUGGACGGCCCUAACGCUUCCCAUAUAACACCCACUGCGCUGGAUCGCUGGUCGAACAGGUUGGAAGAUCUGUUUGCAGGUCGUCCAUAUGACAUGUAUGAUGCAGCUCUAUCCGACACCGUAUCCAAUUUCCCGGUAGACAUGCAGCCAUUCAAGGACAUGAUAGAAGGAAUGAGAAUGGACCUGCGGAAAUCGAGGUACAAGAAUUUCGACGAACUCUAUCUCUACUGCUACUAUGUCGCCGGCACGGUGGGGCUCAUGAGUGUGCCGGUGAUGGGAAUUGCCCCACACUCGAAGGCCUCAGCCGAGAGCGUCUACAGCGCAGCAUUAGCUCUUGGCAUCGCGAAUCAACUCACCAACAUACUCAGGGAUGUCGGAGAGGACUCCAGGAGGGGGAGAGUGUACCUUCCUCAGGAUGAACUGGCCCACGCUGGUCUGUCAGAUGAUGACGUCUUCGAAGGGAGGGUGACAGACAAAUGGCGGACCUUCAUGAAGGGUCAAAUUACGCGAGCCAGGAUGUUCUUCGACGAGGCCGAGAAGGGCAUAUAUGAGCUGAACUCAGCCAGCAGAUGGCCGGUUUUGGCUUCGUUGCUGCUGUAUCGGCAGAUUCUGGAUGCCAUUGAAGCAAACGACUACAACAACUUCACCAAGCGUGCAUACGUAGGGAAAGCAAAGAAACUGGCUUCAUUACCCAUAGCAUAUGCCAAGGCAGUAAUUGUAGGCCCUUCAAGAUUUGUAGGAACACUAUAAGUAUAAUCUUCAUUUGCUUCCUCAUUGCAAUCACCAAAUGCAAAUUCUAAGUUGACUCGUUCUUCUCACCUCAGCGGCUUAUAUUUCUGGUACUUCAUCAUUUGUUACAAAUA